GUGUGUUGUUUGGUGGAGGUCUGUCCAGGGGUUGUGUGUGUGUGGGGGUUUGUCAAAGGCUACACAGAGGGACUUGUAUUUGUGGAGGGGAUUUCAUGCUUGAAACCCUGCGGUGAUCCAACCCUGAGUGGCUCUCCCUGAGGUGACUGCUCUCUCUCUCUCUCUCUCUCUCGGGAGACACACACACAGACAGUAGACAUUGACUGUGACUUUGGUUGCAGUGAUAUUGAAAGUCACACCAUCGCCUCUCGUGUCGGACUUGGAACUAAAGGGAAUUUUAAGCUUUCGCGAUUGUGUUUUUUUUUCCACGAGAGAGAGAGAGAGAGAGAGAGGAAAAGAGAAGGGGGGCAGGAAGAUGGUUUAUUUUCCGUGGCUCUGAAGUUUGCAGGAGAUUUUGGGGGGUUCCUCGUUGGAAGAGAGAGAAAGAGAGAAGACCGAAUACUAAGAUUGUGUUGGGCUGUUAACGUUUGGAACAUUUGCUGCAAAUUUGGAUUGAAGUGAAAAGACGGUUCCUCCGAUUUUCCGACUGACCCACAAGGAACAGAGAAGCGAUGGACUACCCAACCGCCCAAUAACAUCGAAGGGGAGAGAGAGAGUGUGUGUCCUGGGGACCGGGGGGUCGAUCGAUCGAUCGAUUGAUUGAUUGCUCCCAUCCCAAACUCAUCCAAUUGGGGGCUGAUCGAAAGAGGGAAGGCUGUGGAUGAACUCUGCCAUUGGAAACCCCCAGGAAGAGGAAAGAAACAACUGCUGUGUGUUUUUUUUCGCGAAGAAGAGAAAAGAGACUGGACUCUGAACAGCAGAAGUUCUAGAAGAAGGAAACAACUCCCUCGAGAGAGAGAGAGAGAGAGAGAGAGAGUGAGAGCGAGAGAAGGAAAGAAAGUUCCUUGAGAAAGAGGGAAGGAAGGAGGGAGAGAGAGAGAGGGGGAGAGUGAGAGAGAGAUCCUUCCCAAGUGGCCUUCCCUUGUCCCUGUGUUAUUGGGGUACCUUCUAACCCAAGUUGUUGUGAUGCGUAUUCCUGUAGAUCCCAACACAAGUCGGCGCUUCACUCCUCCCUCCACCACGUUGAGCAGCUCGGGCUCGGGGAAGAUGAGCGAGCCGGUGUCCCUGAGCCAGCCCAGCCCCGGGGUGCUGUCCCGGGUCCGGCCCGAGACCCGCACGGUGGUGGACGUGUUGGCCGAUCACGCCGGAGAGUUGGUGCGGACCGACAGCCCCAACUUCCUCUGCUCUGUACUGCCCUCACACUGGCGCUGCAACAAGACGCUGCCCGUGGCGUUCAAGGUGGUGGCGUUGGGUGAUGUUCCUGAUGGUACUCUGGUCACAGUGAUGGCUGGAAACGAUGAAAACUACUCAGCAGAGCUCAGGAACGCUUCUGCUGUCAUGAAGAACGCAGUGGCGCGUUUUAACGACCUCAGAUUUGUGGGCAGAAGUGGACGAGGUAAAAGUUUCACCUUGACAAUCACUGUGUUCACCAGCCCUCCGCAAGUCGCUACUUACCACAGAGCCAUUAAAGUCACCGUGGAUGGUCCCAGAGAACCACGCAGGCACAGACAGAAGCUUGAAGACCAAGCAAAGCCCAACACACUGUUCUCUGACCGUCUGAGCGAGUUGGAACGAUACCGUCAGACAGCCAUGAGGGUUGGUCCAUCAACUCCAAGCCCUCGACCACAGCUGAAUGCACCAUCUCACUUCAGCUCCUCCGCCCAGACUCAGAUGCCGGGGAGCUCAGACCUCAGCCCGUUCUCAGACCCUCGCCAAUUUGAGCGGCAGUUCCCAGGAUUGUCUUCGCUGGCGGACUCCCGAUUCGCCGACCCUCGGGUGCACUAUCCGGGCACAAUGCCGGCGGCCUUUACCUACUCCGCCACCCCCCCCACGACGGGCAUCGGGGGCAUCAGCAUGAGCAGCAUGGCGUCCACGGCUCGCUACCACACUUACCUGCCGCCCCCUUACCCCGGCUCCGCCCAGAACCAAGGUGGGACCUUCCAGGCCGGGGCUUCACCCUAUCACCUGUACUACGGCACCUCGGCUGGAUCCUACCAGUUCUCCAUGGUGGCCGGGGAACGCUCGCCCACCAGGAUGCUGCCGUCCUGCACCAGUGCCUCCAGCGGGAGCUCGCUCAUGAAUCCCAACCUCGCCAACCAGAACGAUGGCGUGGACCCCAACGGCAGCCAAAGCAACUCGCCCACACUGACCACCACAGGACGGCUCGACGAGUCAGUAUGGAGACCGUAUUAAACAACCGAAGGCUGAUUGAGAGGAAGCGAGCAGUGAGAGCAACAUUCGAUCCCAGAUUGAUCAUUUCACUCACUUUGGACUACAAGAAAAAAAAAUGCACUGAGUCAGACACUCCUAGGAGAAUAAUAGAGUAAGUGUGAUCUCUUUAAUGGAUAUAUUGAGUCACAAUUUAAUAGCAAAUUAGUGGAGCCAGUCUCUUAUCCCCAUACAGGCCUUUGCAUGGCUGAGACACAUGUAUUGUGUAUUACCAGGAACAGUGCUUGCUGUCUGUUGUGAAGCUUACACUGAAAUUACCAGUGAUUUAAUUUAAUGACUUUUUUUUUAAAAAAAAUCG